UCCUCCUGCCUGCUCCUGCAGUUUAUCCCCCGCUUCCCUCCCUCGCCGCUCCCGCACCACCGCCUUCCCUCCCAAGACAGCCUGGAAACAAACCAGGCAGAGAGCAUGCGGGCGGGGCAUUCGUCUGGCCGCAGUAUUCCUACCUCCAGCCCACCCACCUCCGGUCUCUGCCAUGUCGACGAGGAGGGUUCCUCUCUCCACCAGCAACCCCAAUGUCGCCAAUUCGCCGAUGCGAGCCUCUGCCGCCGCCGCCGCCGCCUUCGGCGCGGUCAAGAAGGCUCGCUCCCAUACCGAGACGAUGCGGGAGGAGUCCUAUGCCCAGCCUCCGCCCGCUAAGCGCCAGAUGACCGACCGCGGGAUCGCGUCGCCUAGUCGGUCCAGGCCGGCCCGGACCAUGGUCCAUCGCUCUGCUUCCCGAGCCACGGCAGGGCCUGGCACGACCCAGAGAGCGUCCCACGCUGCCGCGUGCAAGCCUACCAAGGAGGAGUUAAUCAAUCUGCGCACGUGGCACACGCAAAUCCGCUCCCGCUUCCCCAAGAUGGUGUUUUACUUUGAGAGCAUCCCCGACGAGCAGCGGUCCAAGCUUGCGAAGCAGGUUGGCCGUCUCGGCGCUCGCGAAGAGAAGUUCUUCUCGAUCGACAUCACCCACGUCGUCACAUCCCGGCCGGUCCCCCCCGAGAAACCCAAAGAUGAGCACCCCGGUGCCGCGGACGCCCAUGCGGACCAUGACCAGCCCAUGACCAUCGACCCCGCCCUUCUCAACCGUACUGCGGAUCCUACGAGAAGGAAACCGGCCGCCGAAACGCCCUCGAGCCGUACGCCGCUGGUUUCAGCGCAGGAAGACGCCGUCAAGCGGCCCAAGACGCGCAGUACGGACGUCCUAGAUCGGGCUCGAGACAUGGGGAAGAAGAUAUGGUCGCUGGAAAAGCUGCACAAGAUUCUGGAAAUGGCGCUGGACCCUGAUCCGUACACUAGCGCUGCACUAGGCCUCGGCCGUGGUGGCUCGCAGACCGCCAGCAGGGCAGCAAACGAGGAGUCCAACCUGGCCCAGCUUCUCCACAACGAGCGUGUCCACGGCCCCUCGGAUCGAGACCCGACGGUCUCCAGUAAGGAGCUCCAUCACUUUCGGGGUUAUUAUAUUUAUGUGUACGACGUCGAGGAGAAGACCAAGCCCAUCAUGGUCAGAGAAUACAACAAGGUCGCCGACCCGAAGGACGGGGACUGGCCGCAAUUCCGGAGCGUGUCGCAGGGCCGAUGCCCCUUUGUUGUCGAUGAGAACUACGACCUCCCAGACAAGGAAAACCGGGACCGGGCCCGAGCCAAGGCGCGUGCGGCCAAGACCACCGCCGUGGAUGCCGCCGAGCCCGUGGCCCAGCAAGCGAGGGCUUCUGCGGCGCCCCCGCCGAAACUCGUAACGGGCAAACGCACUCUGUCGCAGAUGGAGGACGGGCAUAACCGAGGAGCGGCAGACGUCGGCGCCACCGAGUCGUUCGAUCGCUCGAGGGUCUCGAACCCGCCGUCGUUUGACUUCCGUCCCCAAAACGCAUUUAUAAGUCAUUCGAAGCCAGGCCGUUUCCUGGCCGGCGAACCCGUGGCGUCCGGUCUGCAGCCGUCUGGCGUCACGUCGGCGAUCCGGUCCCAGAUGAUCUCAUCCACUACGGGUGGUGUGCUGGGAGCGAAGGCCGGAACGAGCAAGGAGAUCCACGGCCUGCAGCGCAAGGUCGUGCUGCAGAAGGCGAGUACCCCCGCGCUGUCGCAAGAUCUCAGCUCUCGCCGUAUGGCCGAGAUGAGCCACGAUAGCACCGCGCUCGUUCAGUCGGCCAGCGUCAACAGGGCCACGCAGCGGAAACUGGACACUGUCGACGAGGAAGAGACAACGCGCCAGAAGGAGCGGCUGCGGAGAAGCGCCAGUGCCGCCGUCUCGCAACCCAAGCCAAAGCGCGAUCCCAAGCCGGGCUACUGUGAAAAUUGCCAAGACAAAUUUGCCGACUUUGACGAGCACAUCGUCUCCCGCAAACACCGCAAGUUCGCAGAGAAUGACGAGAACUGGUCGCAACUUGAUGCUCUCCUCGCACAGCUUAAGCGCGUGCCCCGGUAUUAAAGCGGCGCCGAACAAACCACGAACAAGGCUUCAGCGGGCAGUCACGCCACCGUUCGCCAUCG